CCUUCCUCAAACUUACUAAUCAUUCCCACCUUCAUCACCAGACGCUAAUAAUCACCAGAUGGAGCCCCACUUCCGCAAGCUCCUCCGCCUCCCCUACGAAGACGACCCGCCACCCCUCCUCCAACCCCCCUCCACCUCCGCCGCGGCGCCACCCUCAGCAUCCACCAUCAAACCCCUGCUGCCGCCCCUAACGCACGCCCCCUUCGACUCCUCCGUCGGCCUCACCGUCCUCGUCCUCCUCACCGCCAUAUUCUUCAUGGGCUUCUUCUCCCUCUACAUCCGCCGCUUAGCCGUGGGCUCCGAAGCCGCCGUAGCCUCCCGCCGCCGCCGCCUCCGCCGCGACCCGGCUGGGCCAAGCCCACCGUACUAUCCCCGGGGGCCGCGGGAACGCCCGUCGUGCUCGGCGGGGCGCAAGGGCCUCGACCCUGUCGUCAUCCGGUCACUGCCGGCGUUCGCCUACGGCGAGGAGGUCGCGAAGUACCAGGCGGAUUGCGCCGUGUGCCUCAGAGACUUCGAGGCGGAGGAGGUGGUGAAGGCCAUCCCGUGGUGCUCGCACGUGUUCCACGCGGAGUGCAUAGACCGGUGGCUCUGCGCCCACCCGUCGUGCCCCGUUUGCAGGGACGCCCGGUUGACGGGAGCGACGGGGAGGGCGAAAGCCGCUGGGGCAGAAGGGUCGAGUGCGGCGCAGAGCACAGAGGCGCGCGAGGGUAGAUCGACGGUGGCGAGCGCCGACACGUGUCUGGAGAUCAGGGACGGUGGAGGGGAAGGAUUGAGCGUGCGGAGGAGCAGUAGUUGGUCGAGCUCAGGGGAGGGGCGUUCCUUGCAGAGGACCAUGACUUUCUGAAGGUGGGUGGGUUGAGGGUUGGCAGGUGUGGGGCCGUACAGGUGUUUCUCGCACGUGUGGAUGUACAGAUACUGUAGAGGAAAUGUAAAACUGGUUGU